AUGCGUCAGCGCCCGGGUCUUGACGCCAUCUCGUACACUGCGUCCACCGCGGAGGCCUUUGAUUCGUUCGUCUGCCAGAACGCCUGCAUCAUCGUCAGUGGCAAGAAGCACCGCGUACCAAAAGCCCUUACUUGCGAGGCCAACGGCGACCUGAGCUCGAUGGUCAUGUUUGGCGACAUCGUGGUAGUACCCGCGGACCCGGAGGGCAAGACCAGCCCCGUCAGCACGUUCUUCACGGUGAACAUUGUCGGGCGCAUCGUCGUCCUCGGCUCACACGAGUCUAAGGCUGUCACCUCGUCCUUUGACAGGGCGGUCUCGGGUCAAUCGUCACCUCGCGGUGAGCGGGAGAAGGAGGAGUGGGACAUGGGAUGGAAGAUUGUGCAGUGUAUCGCGCCCAUCAAGGUGUGCUCAGGAGAGCUCCAGAGUACUCUGGAGAAGAUACUCGGGGCUACUCCAGAGUGCUCGCCGAGCAAGCGGCUGUGUCUCUGGAGUGCCUGGGAGGCGCCGGCCAAGCUCUCGCGGCUCCAUAAAAGGGGCAUCCCAAUGGACGCCCUGGGCUCUGCAAUUCCCAUCCCGGCACCGCGGUUCAAGACCACGGCACCUGUCGCCCUCCGCAUGCCCGCACACCCCGACCGCGUACAAGAUACGGCGGGGCGUGUACCUCGUCCCUCCUCGGCCGUUGCCCGCGUCCCGCGCUCAAAACGGGUGGUUGUACGGCCGUCCGCGCCCGCGCGCUGCCCGCCCUCCUCCUCCUCCUCGCCACCCUCCGCCUUCUCUGUCCCACGAUCCGACAUCCUCCCCGACCACCUCAACACGCCCAGGGCGUCCCAAUGGACGCCCUGGGCCCUUAGAUUCACAUCCUGGCGCCGCGGUAUAAGACCGCGGCGCUCGUCGUCUGCCGUGCGCCUGCAAGCCCCAACCGCAUACAAGAUGCAGCGGGGCGUGUCCCUCGUCCCUCCUCGCCCAUCACCAAUGUCCCGCGCGCAAAACGGGCUGCCUUACGGCCGUCCACGCGCGCUGCCCGCCCUCCUCCUCCUCCUCCUCACCACCCUCAACUUCCCCAUCCAGCCGUCCGACCACCUCCACGACUACCUCAACGCGCCAAGGAAGUCCCAAUGGACGUCCUCGGCCCCUCAAUUCGUAUCCCGGCACCACGGUUCAAGACCGCGGCACCGGUCGUCCUCCCAGUAA